AUGAGGUCCCUCGCACUCUUCUCCCUAGUGGCAGCCUCAUAUGCUCUAGCUGCUAAGCUCGAAGAACGGGCUGCUAAUUGGACGGUGGGGCAAACAGUCCAGACGAGCAGCGGACCUGUCAACGGACAUUCUGCAACGAACGAUUCGGACGUCUCUGAGUACUUGGGGAUUCCGUUCGGGCAGGCGCCAAUUGGAGAUCUCAGGUUCGCGGCGCCGCUUGCGUUCAAUGGCACUGCGCCGCUCAAUGGCAGUUCUUUUGGCUUUUCAUGUCCUGUCCACCAAGGCUCAAGCUCCCUCCCUACCGCUGAAGAAUUAGCAGCCGCGAACAUUACAGCUGCCGGAAUAACGGUGUUGGGGGUAUUGAGCAAUAGAGGCGCCAAUUACAGCGAGGAUUGCCUAUAUCUAAAUAUCUGGACGAAACCACAAACCGGAGAUGCGAAGAAGGCGGUGCUAGUCUGGAUCUAUGGAGGUGGAUUCAGCAGUGGAAGUUCUUCGAUUCCGGCAUACAAUGGGGCCAAUAUUGCAGAUCAAGAGGAUGUUGUUGUUGUCUCCUUCAACUACCGGUUGAGUAUCCUCGGCUUUCCAGGAAACCCCAAUGGACCGCUAAAUCUAGGCCUGCUGGAUCAGCGACUGGCUGUAGAAUGGGUACGAGACAACAUUGAGAACUUUGGGGGCGAUUCAUCCAGAAUCACUCUCUUUGGACAGUCUGCCGGUGGAGCUUCAGUGGAUGCAUAUUCCUAUGCGUGGGCUUCAGAUCCGAUUGCUGCAGGAUUCAUCCCCGAAUCCGGUAACAUGUUUGGUUGGGGUCUUCCGAACUCCAAAGCCGUUGCUGCUGAAGCAUGGCUCAAUGUAACCGAGACAUUUGAAUGCGGAAACGCCUCUUCGGAUCCCGCAACUGUCCUCUCUUGCAUGCGAAAUCAGACCUACACCUCGAUCCUCAAUGCCAUCCCCGCCCUCAGCGGGACAGCCUCCAUCCUCGGCGGCUUUGGGCCCACCGUUGAUGACACCGUCAUCUUUUCCAACUACUCGCAGCGCACACCCGCCAAAGUCCCCAUGCUCAUCGGAAACAACAACUACGAAGGCGGCCUCUUCCGCACCGAGUUCGCCCUCUCCGGUCUCUUCUUCCCCGACACCUUCUGGGACGACUUCAACCUCCAAGAAUUUACAUGCCCAACUGGAAUCCGUGCCAAUGCCUCCAUCGCUGCUGGCAACCCGACCUGGCGGUACCGCUACUUUGGUGUGUUCCCCAACCUCGCCGUCUCCUCUGAAGCAGGUACAUGGCACGCGGCUGAAAUCCCUAUCAUCUUCGACACCGCGCCUGGCUCUUCCACCUCCGAAGAAGUCUCAAUAGCAAACUAUAUGCGUGGAGCCUGGGCUGCGUUCGCCAAGAAUCCUCAAAAAGGAUUGACGACUUAUGGCUGGCCAGAAUAUGAUACGAGGAGGGAUACGCUGAUCAGACUUGCCUUUGGUAAUAUCACCGGCCCGAACCUUAUUAAUCCGUAUCGGUAUGAUGCGGAUUGUAUCUUUGUCAAUGUGUCGAGCACGAAUGCCAGUAAUUACCCCGCGUUGCCGGAUUUGGGGGCGAGUGUUACGCCCACUCCAACUGCAAGCUCGAGUUCGAGUUCUGCGACGGGGACUGCGACGGGGAGUGGAAGUACGCCGACGACGAGUAAAAGUGCAGGGAGGAAGCUGAAGGUUGGUGGGUGGGUUGGGUUGGGUGCUGUAGUAGUUGCGUAUUUGCUUUAA